AUGGCACCCGUGCAGGACCAUCAGGUGGAGAAACUGGUGGAUGAGGCUUUUAAACACAAUAACUUCCAGGACCUAGAAAAAGCCUUACUCAAAAAUGAAGACAAGGGAGAAACCACCAUAAAAUGUUCCAGACAAUUCAUGACCAAGCUCGAUAAGCUUUUCAUCAGGGAAAUGGAUCUGGGAAACGUGGACAAUGCUUGCCUGGUGCUCACCGUUUUACACAAAUACGGCGAGAUGCUGGUGUUUCCGGGAGGCAGAGGAAUAUCUGUGGCGGUUUCCCAGGGAUUUGUUAAGAAGAUGGUGCAGUGGUUCGAGAAGGCCAGGAAGCUGUGGGUGGAGGCAGGGUCGUCAAGAAAUGAGACGAUGAUAAAGUUGGCCGAGGACUUCUUUGAUGCGCUGAUGGUUGUUCAGGAAAGUUGUAAAGAAGGCACAUACGAAGUUACCGAAGCUCUGCUUAGUCACAUUGGCAGACUGGCCUCUGAUGCGCAAAUAAACAUCAUGAUACAGAAAGAGGCAGCAAGGAAGCUCAAUGCUAUUCUGGAAAAGAUUCCCAUGGAGCUGAAAAAGAAAAAGAAGAUCUUGUCAACUCAAGAGGCUUCAUCUAUGAUGAACGCAGUGGCCAUUCAAAUCCUCAAAGGUGGAGAUUAUGAUUUGCAGGUGUCUUUAAUGGAGGCCCUCUGCAGAAUGGCUUCACCCGCUCAGAGGACUCAACUGGCCGACUCCUGGUUCACAAUGACCUUUGUCUCGUCUGCGUUCAAGAAAAUCAAGGAUUCUCAGUUUGAGACCGACUGUAGGAAGUUUCUAAAUAUGGUCAAUGGCAUGCAAGGAGAUGGGAGAAGCGUGUACUCCUACCCUUGCCUGGAGGCAUUUUUGGACAAACAUGAGCUUCUGAUGCCAGAGGACAAGAACCUGGAAGCUUUCUGGAUUGACUUCAAUCUAGGAAGUCAAAGCAUCUCUUUUUACUUCUGUGCGGCUAAUAAGGAGAUAUCUUUCUCCUUUCAGGAUGGCCAGUGGAGCACUCUGUGUAUAGUUGAAAAUGAGGUCCAGAGUUACACAGUAGAAGAGGAGAGUGGCAGGAAGGUUCUUCACCUGGUUCUGACCGAGCCGGCCUGCUUCGACAACUUAGAGGGCUCCAGAGUCACCAUCAAAUUCAGCUCUUCUCUAGACAUCCUGCGGGCCACAGAGAGCGUUUUUGGGCAGGCUAAGAACAGGACGUCUGUUAGGAAGUCCUCUGUUGUGAAAACACCUGUUCACGUCAACCUGAGUUCACAGGAAAGUUCACAGGUUUUUGUCCCUGAAAGUCAAGUGUCCCCUUUGCGUGCAGAGGGAAAAGGGUCAUCAUUAAUCAAGCAUGGCUUUUCCUGCCAGCCCCCCACACAUCCAACACCAGACACAAACAAUGUGCCCCUCCAGAUGGUAACUCCUAUAAAAAUGAAGGUGUCUGAGUCUUGUACGUACAUUUCUGGCAGUGUGGGAAGUAAACAGGGGAGCUGUUCCUCCAUCUCUGUGUUACCUUCAGUGUCAAAGCUAAUGGUGAAACCAGCUCUUCAGAUGACGAGCUCUUCAGAGAGGAAGAAGGAGAUUGAACUUAGAGAACUCAUGUUGUCUAAAACCUAUUCAAGUGUGCCUUCACUUAGUUUUCAGUGCGAGAAUAACCAAAAGAAGGCCCAUGCAAAUCAAGCGCAGUUGGAUGUCUAUCCACUGAUCAGUUCGCCUGCGGUCUGGAGCUUGAACUCUAGUAAAAGGAGAAUCUCUGUAUCCAGAUCCCUGCUGGCUCUGCAAAAAGAUCGCUCUGAAAUGUCAGAUGGUGGCUCUCAUCCCCCUCCUCAGCGUCUGUCCCCGGCGCAGUGUGCAUCCAGAGCCCUGACCCAGAAGCAGCUGCACACCCAGCUCACUCAGAGACUGGAGGAGGUGGUGAGGGAGCAGCAGGGUACAGAUGGCCGUACAGCCCAGGCAGGCUCCUCGCUGGAGCACAGGACUGCAGGUCAAGAGAAAGAAAAUAUGGAGAAGUCAGUGAAGUCCAUGCCUGCUAGAGCUGCACAAAAGAGAAGGAAGAGUAGUGAGGGUCAGGGCUACACAUCAGACCGUGACAAUCUAGGGAUGUUUAGUUUGAAAACAUCUUUUAUAAUCACUCAAUUCAUUGUGUUUGAUCUCCUCAGGGAUGUUUAUGCAUUUACGGAAGACACUCCAAAAAUUAGUGUGAGAAAGAAAUCCUCUGAUGCAUCCAGAGUGGAAAGCAGUCCACUAAGUAAACCUCAGCCUCCCUCCAAGUCGGCUAAAAGACAUCAUCUUACAAAGGCGCCCAAGGCAAAUGAGAAGAAAAAGCUGUUCAGUGAUACGGACACAGACAACAUGACGGAGAUCAGCUGGUUAAACUCAGCCAACAGGAAACCCAAGCCCAAAGUGGCAGACUACAGCAGGCAGCCGGUUAAACCCAUCUUUCCACCAGCUGACACUGCAUUUAAAUCACCAUAUACGCCUUUGCCUUCGCCAAAACCAGUGAAAGAACAAAUCAAGCCAAAACGGAAGAGACAGAAGAAAAUGGCUGAACACGAGGAUAAAAGGCAGCCAAGCAUCAAUAAUAAGAAAACCACAGGACGACCGCAAAGAGCUGCAGCCUUGACCAGAACCUACAGAGAGACGUCUGACUCAGACGACCAGUCCAGUCUGUCAGAGAGUGAAAAAGCACCAGCCCCUAAGAAAAAGGCUGUUUGGCGAGCAGCAACGCUCCAUGAGACUGUCUCAGCCAAAGCCGCAGAACAGGGGGGAAUAAAACAGAAAACCUCUGUAGACAUAGCCAAACUACAAAAUGAGAAGAACGCACAGAAAAAGGCAGAUAAAGUCUUUGCAAAGAGUCUGGGAGGUCAGAGGAACGAUAAAGGCAAGAAGAUGUGUAGUCCAGAGCAUCUUGCAGCGAAGAAGACGUCAUCUGCUCAGGGGUCAGCCAGAAGGCAGAAGGAGUCUUGGGCAGCGAGAUUAUCUUCCACAUUCGCCUCGCCUCCCUCCGUUGAGAAGAUGAGAUCGGGCGAAAAGCUAAAAACCAACGUGAGAUCCGGCGCUACACCUCUCCGUUCUCUGUCCAUCUCUCCAAUCGAAGCCGACUCUUCUCCACUACAGCCUCUCAGUUCCCUCAAAGCCUCCUCUCUCUGUAAAACCCCAGGGAAUAAAGCUGCUGUGAAACAGCCAUCUCGCACCAUAACACCUGUUUCCACAACCUCAAGAGGCUCUAAACGGAUUCCACCUGCCGCACAGGUUGAGCCGAGUCCAGUCGACUCUCCAGACUUCCAGGAGGAGCAGAGAGGUGUCAAGAACAAAACCAGCCCAGCAUCGUUUGAAAGGAGGUCCAUCAUUUCUGUGACAAUGAGCCAAUCUUCCCACGUAUCUGUAAGCAACAAGUUAGAGAAAACACCAGCAAGCCAGAAAGGAAGUAAGGUUGAGGGACUAGAAUUUAAGUCAGGUCCAACGGCCAUCCUCAAGCAUCUCACCCUGAGCCACUCCGCUAGUCUUUCAGAGAGAGAUGAAAGUGAGGAGGACAAAGAGAAUAAGGCUCCUUCUCCCUCUCAGCUAGCUCUGAAAAUGAAGCCUAGAAAGCUGUUUGUGCCUACUAAUAAAUCCUUCACUCCUAAUAAAGGCUCCAAUGCUAAACCUCUGGUGAAGGAUCAGAGCAGUUCAGAGGAAGAAGAGGAGGACAUAGUCACAGAGAAUGGGAGAAGAAAGAGAAGUUACAGGGGAGGCCUGAAUAAAAGGGCCAAGGAAACGACUAUAUCCAGUAAUGAGAGACUUGAGAGAAGUGUUUCUGGGCACAAAAUAAGGCUAAGAAUAUGUUUAUUCUGCCGCUUCUGUGUAGAUCUAAGUUCACUCACUGUACCAGUGUGUGUGUGUGUGUGUGUGUGUGUGUUUUUGAAAGUGCUGACGAACGAUUCAUGGGUGUGUCUGUGUGUGUGUGUGUGUCCUCCAGUGGAGACACUGUCAUCCUGCACAAGGUCCAGCUACAGACAUGCCAGCGAGGAAGACACAAACCCGACCCAGCCUGCUCAGCAGGUGGGCUUUAUCUGCCAUCAGUUCAGCUCAGAGCUUAAGAGAAAGAUCAAGAAUCGCUGCAGGACAAUGGAUCUUUACACCAGGCAGACUUUGAAGACUUUAGGGCAGCACAUGUCAUCCGUCAGUGUCCAAGUGCACCAGUACAGUACUCAGAGGCUGGAGAAAGUCAAACAAGUCCUGUUGAGCGAAAUAGCAAACCUGGAGCAAGAUGACACUGUUUUGAGAAGCAUGGAGGAGGAAUUGACGACUUACUGGGGGAAUCAGACCUUGGCCUUCCAUGCUUACCAAGAGAAAGGAACCAAGAGAUUACAGGAGCUGAAAAGCGCUUUUCAGACCGACGUGUGUGAAAGUCUAGAGUAUGAGAAAGAGGUCUUCUCUGUGGAGAUGUCUUUGAUGAAGAAGAGCAUGAAGUCAGUUCAGGAGCGUUUCUUCAAAGAAAUACACGAGGAAGAGUUGACGAGUGUGAGAAGAGGUCUGCAAUCAUUGUUCUUCCCUGAUGCAUCGAGGUUCUGACCUGAGAGAAAAACAUCUACUGUUCUGAAACCCGUUUGUAAGCUUAGAGAUAUUACUGUUAUGUUCUUUUAAAAUAUUAUUACUCGAAAGGUUGAAUAUUUGCACUUUCUAGUCUCCUUGAAACAGUGGUUGCCUGUACAUAGUUUUUACAUAUUUGCUUGUGGUUUUUAAUAUGAAUAAUGAAUAGUUGUUUAAAGCAAACAAGUAAAUGUUGUAGGCAAUAUAAGAACAAACGCGUUUAUUUCUAACAUCGACUUUAGAUGUAUGUGCGCAGAAAUUAA